UGACUCAGCUGGUGGCCACCUACCCCCAGGGCUUUCAGACCUGGUUGGGCCCUAUCACGCCCAUCAUCAGUUUGUGUCACCCUGACGUCAUCCGGUCUGUCACCAGCGCCUCAGCUGUCAUUGCGCCCAAGGACAUGGUCUUCUACAGCUUUCUGAAGCCCUGGCUGGGGGAUGGGCUCCUUCUGAGUGCCGGUGACAAGUGGAGCCGCCACCGUCGCAUGCUGACGCCCGCCUUCCACUUCAACAUCCUGAAGCCCUACGUGGAGAUUUUCAACAAGAGCGCCAACAUCAUGCACGCCAAGUGGAAGCGCCUGGCCUCGGAGGGCAGUGCCCGUCUGGACAUGUUCGAGCACAUCAGCCUCAUGACCCUGGACAGUCUGCAGAAAUGCGUCUUCAGCUUCGACAGCAACUGUCAGGAGAAGCCCAGUGAGUACAUCGCCGCCAUCUUGGAGCUCAGCGCCCUGGUGGUGAAGAGGCACCAGCAGCUCCUCCUGCACGCGGACGCCCUGUACUACCUCACCUCCGACGGGCAGCGCUUCCGUAGGGCCUGCCGCUUGGUGCACGACUUCACAGACGCCGUCAUCCGGGAGAGGCGCCGCACCCUCCCUAGUCAGGGGGUGGACGACUUCCUCAAGGCCAAGGCCAAGGCGAAGACUUUGGACUUCAUCGAUGUGCUCCUCCUAGCCAAGGAUGAAGAUGGGAAGGAGCUGUCCAACGAGGACAUAAGAGCAGAGGCCGACACUUUCAUGUUUGGGGGUCACGACACCACAGCCAGUGGCCUCUCCUGGGUCCUGUACAACCUCGCGAGGCAUCCAGAAUACCAGGAGCGCUGCCGGCAGGAGGUGCGAGAACUCCUGAGGGACCGCGAGCCUAAAGAGAUUGAGUGGGACGACCUGGCCCAGCUGCCCUUCCUGACCAUGUGUAUCAAGGAGAGUCUGCGGCUGCACCCCCCGGUCACCGUCUUUUCCAGACGCUGUGCCCAGGACGUUGUGUUCCCAGAUGGCCGGGUCAUCCCCAAAGGGAACGUCUGCACCAUCAGUAUUUUCGGCGUUCACCACAACCCAUCAGUCUGGCCAGACCCCGAGGGGCCGAACUGCAUCGGGCAGACGUUCGCCAUGACCGAGAUGAAGGUGGUCCUGGCGCUCACGCUGCUGCGCUUCCGCGUCCUGCCCGACGACUCGGAGCCGCGCAGGAAGCCGGAGCUGAUCCUGCGCGAUCCCAGACCUCCCCCGCCUCUCCGACCAAUGGAGCUCCGCGUUGAUGGCGGGUUCUCCUAG